AGCCUCUGUUGCUCUCCUCUCCCCUCACUGGAAACAUCAUGUGUCUCUGGGACGCUCAAAGGAACAGUGUUAGUCAAAGCUGGGGAGGCUAAAAUAAGACGAACGGAGAAUCUUGGCUCUUCUUGUGAGCUGGGAAGUGGGAACAGAACGGAUUAUGGACUGCCAAAAAGUUGGAUCUGACACAAAAUGGAUAAUUUCCUUGGAGGUGAAAAAGCAGGAGGCAACAUUGAACUUAAAGUGAUGGCUUAAUACUGUCUCAUGGAACAUCGUGUGGAACGUGAGGGAAAGAAUUGUGGAUCCUACCAAAAACGUCGUCCAAGAGAUGUAAAUUGCUAACUACAGCAAAAGCAACAAAAUAGACCCAAUUUAAAGUUAUCAAAUUGACAAGCUCUAACUAUCCACUACUUUUUGGAAUUGAAAAAGAAUAUUAUUAACAACUGACAAAACCGAAAUGAAUCUAGCAAAGUUGUUAUAAUGGUCUUUAUGUGGAACUUAACCAUCCAGAUGGAGUAACUGAACAUUUCAACCAUUUUCAUCCAUUGUUGAUUUGGAUAUGCCAUGCUAGCCCGGAGGAAUGGGCCAGUACCUCUCAAGGAUCUCUCCGAAAUGUUGGAUGUAGAAGUGACCGCUGAAGGGUGUUGCUCGCUCUCCCCUUCCCCAGCAUCAGGAGGCUGUCCCUGGGCUCGUCUGGCAGGAGUGGAUGGGUGCUUGUCUGAGCCCUACUGUUUGUGGUUCCAGCUGUUAGCCAGAGCGUACUGGGGGGAAGUGGAGAUAGGGCUCAGCAGUCCCAACCGCUCUGUUUCCUGGGCUCGACUACGUGAGGCAUCUAUAAAGAACUGUGUCCGAUCGAGGGCUAAGCAGAAGGAUGGUCGUGAGCAGAGCGAGGGGUCAGUGCUGGGCUCUCCUGUCCCAGAGGAGGAGCCCUUCUCAUGGCCUGGGCCCAAAACACUGCACCUGCGCCGCACCUCCCAGGGCUUCGGCUUCACCCUGCGACACUUCAUCGUCUACCCACCGGAGUCUGCAGUGCACAACUCUCUCAAGGAUGAAGAAAAUGGCAGUCGCGGGAGACAGCGGAACCGUCUGGAGCCAAUGGACACGAUUUUCGUCAAGCAAGUGAAGGAGGGGGGACCCGCCCACGGAGCAGGACUCUGCACAGGGGAUCGCAUUGUGAAGGUCAAUGGAGAAAGCAUCAUUGGAAAGACAUAUUCACAAGUUAUUGCCUUGAUCCAAAACAGCAAUGCCUCACUGGAACUGUGUGUGAUGCCAAAGGACGAGGACAUACUACAGCUGGCGUACUCCCAGGACGCAUACCUCAAAGGGAAUGAGGCGUACAGCGGAAAUGCCCGGAACAUCCCUGCGCCCCCUCCCAUCUGCUACCCACGGAUAGAAGUCAAGGCUGCAUCCAUGGCCCAAGGAGCUAUCCGCACCACAGAGAAAAACUACCGCGUGGAAAUACCUGUCCCUCCAUCUCCUUCUGCACCCCCUAUUACUAUAAAAUCUGUAAUUUGUAAUGAUAUUUUAAGAACUCCAAGCCAUCGGACAGAAGAAAACCGGUUUGGUACUACAACUGAAUCAGCAAAACCAAGGUCAACUGUUCCAUCGGUAUCUGGAGGUGUGCAGUUACAAUACCCUUCUAUAGAUACUCCAGUAUAUUCCCAAACACCAACGUCAAAAACUGCUCAGAACUAUCCCGAAACGUUAUCGCCAAACAUCCCUGUCACAUUGGCAUCGCAAGGAACAAAAAUGUCACCCAAUAAUUCACCGUCAGCAUCUGCUUCCAACACCCCAACACACCAAAACAUCGAUUGGAAAAACUACACAACGUACAAAGAUUACAUAGACUCCAAGAAGCUGCACACCUAUGGCUCAAGGACUAUACAGGAGCGCUUGGAUAGCUUACGAGCAGCGGCUAAUUCUAAUGUUAACUCAGUGUACAAGCAACCACACACUCCACCGCUGCCGAAUUCGAGAGUUUUUAGUUCACAGGUCAGACGGAGGAGUGCGUCACAUGAUCGCGGGGUAGAUGCGGCGUGCAAGUCUGUAGGUUCCUUGCGAAGUCUCUCCCAGGAAAGGCUGAGUGGAGGAGAGAGGACAGCAAAGAACUGGCAUCGAAGUGCGUCCCAGGAUGCAAUUCCGUCGUCCGUGCCAGCAGGGGUCGCCAAAAUGAGGACACGCUCUUGUGAUUACAUUGGACAUCGGGUUACAGAGACAGGGGGAUGUGUGAAUAGAACUGUGGGGGAGAGAGCAGGUCAUGGAGAGGAUUGUAAAGUGAGCAGACAGACAGCAAGUGGAAUUACAAACUCGCCAGUUGCUGCUUCUGUGUUUACUAAAGGUUCUGAUCCAUCCAAGGCAGACGGUCUCAUCAUUCGGCCUUCUCGCCUGCCUGUCAAAAACUCAGACUUCUCUCCUGCCUUAUCCUCUGCCCAAGGCCCCAUGCCCCUCAAAGACCAAAGAACUACCAUGAUGGGGAACCACGUGGGCUACACCUCCCCUGUACAUCUACUCAGGACCAGAGCCGACAGUCUGAAAAUAGAAAACCGGACGGAAGGUGGGCUAGCGGCUAGAUCCUCCUCCUGCUCUGGCGUCUCCUCCAAAGUAGCCAUACUAAAACAGCAACAAACCGUAUCUACAGCUGUCUCAUCAAUAACCAACGGAGCGAUAGAGCAACAACCAAAAGCCAUUUCGACUUUAAGGACUAAAAUAGAAGGUGUUGAAGGACUCGAUGCAACAGUAGUGGUUUUGAGGCGAGAGAAAAAGUCAGAUGCCCAACCCAAUCGACCCCCAUCCUAUGUUUGUGCGGUCAAUGAGCGUAAUAAUGAAGACACUCAAAGGCCCCCAGUGCUGGUGAAAGCGGGGUCAGAGGGAGCAAUGUGUAGGGACACGUACUUCAGGAGGUUGGAGGAUACGAAACAGAAGACUGGGUCACGCCUGGAUGGCUCGCUGGAUUCGAUACCGUUCAUUGAUGAACCCUCAAGUCCAAGUAUUGACCAGGACAGUUCGCUCAUCUCUGCAUCUGCUGUGAUCUCUGUGCCUCCUAUCAUCACCACAAUACCUCCCAGCCCUACCUCCCCCUCGCCUCUGAUUCGUCGCCAGCUGUCACAUGACCAAGAUUCUAUGCGUCUCACAAUUAUUGACUCUGACUCGGGGACAAAAACAGAGCGUUCAAAAUCAUGUGACGAAGGCCUGGAUAAUUACAGGGAAGAACGAAAGGGGAGAUCACUAAUUCCUGGUCUGAAGAAUUUAAGGAAGGCUGUCGACAGGUCGUCUGAAGAUUCGGGCUCCAGGAGGGAUUCAUCGUCAGACAUCUUUUGUGAUGCUACUAAAGAAGGUCUGCUGCAUUUUAGGCAGCUCAGUUCAGAAAAGGGAAAGCGUGUUGGAGGGGGCAUGCGUCCAUGGAAACAGAUGUACGCGGUGCUGAGGGGUCACUACUUGUGUCUGUACAAGGAGCGCAAGGAGGGCCAGGGCCAGACUAACUGUCAGACCGUGGAGGAGCCCCUGCCCAUCAGCAUUAAGGCCUGUCUUAUCGACAUCUCCUACAGCGACACCAAGCGCAAGAACGUGCUCCGCAUCACCACCUCCGACUCAGAGUACCUGUUCCAAGCAGAGGACCGUGAAGACAUGCUGGCCUGGAUCAAAGUCAUCCAGGAGAACAGUAUGGAUGAGGAGAAUGCGGCCUUCACCAGUCAUGACCUCAUCAGUCGUAAAAUCAAGGAGUACAACACCUUGAUGAGCCCAACCGGCACAAAAUCAGAGCCCUCUCCACGCUCGUCCCGACAGUCACUGAGCAUCCGGCAGACUCUGCUGGGAGGGAAAGCAGAGAGCAAGACCCCCUCACCUAAAGCAGAGCAGGAGAGGAAAAGCAUGCACAAAGAUGACACUAGCCCUCCGAAGGACAAGGGCACGUGGAGGAAAGGCAUCCCAGGCCUCAUGAGGAAGCCCUUUGAGAAGAAGCCCUCUCCUGGUGUCACGUUUGGAGUGAGACUGGAUGACUGCCCUCCUGCUCACAACAACAAGUACGUGCCUCUAAUUGUGGAAGUGUGCUGUAAACUGGUGGAGGAGAGAGGCCUGGAGUACACGGGGAUCUACAGAGUCCCCGGGAACAAUGCGGCUAUCUCCAACAUGCAGGAGGAGCUCAAUAACAAGGGCAUGGGAGAUAUCGAUGUCCAGGAUGAUAAAUGGAGGGAUCUUAACGUGAUCAGCAGUUUACUCAAGUCCUUUUUCCGGAAACUACCAGAGCCUUUGUUUACAAAUGAAAAAUAUGCAGACUUCAUAGAGGCCAACAGAAUAGAAGACCCCGUGGUGCGGUUAAAGGAACUAAAGAGACUGUUACAUGAGCUGCCAGACCACCACUACGAGACACUCAAGUUCCUGUCUGCUCAUCUCAAAACUGUAGCUGAAAAUUCCGAGAAGAACAAGAUGGAACCUAGGAACCUGGCCAUAGUGUUUGGUCCCACUCUGGUCCGCACCACAGAGGACAACAUGACACACAUGGUGACGCAUAUGCCCGAUCAGUACAAGAUUGUGGAGACCCUCAUCCAGAAUUAUGACUGGUUCUUUACUGAUGAUGGCAGUGGAGAGCCUGUGACAGCUUCCCAGGAGGAGAGUGCCGUGGAGUCCCAGCCUGUCCCAAACAUCGAUCACCUGCUCACAAACAUCGGGCGCACAGGCACAUCGCAGGGUGAAGUAUCAGAUUCACCAACUAGUGACUCUGCCAAAUCCAAGGGUUCCUGGGGUUCAGGGAAGGACCAAUACAGCAGAGAGCUCCUAGUCUCCUCUAUCUUUGCUGCAGCCAGCCGCAAAAGAAAGAAGUCAAAGGAGAAGCCUCAGCCCAGCAGCUCUGAUGAUGACCUCGACUCUGUAUUCACCAAAAAGGACACCUCAACCCAUAAGCCAGCAGAGAUCAACUCUAAAGGCAGCACUAAGCAACAGAUCGCAGAGAGAAAGGAAAACGGGAGGACUGCGGAGCUAGCGAUGAAAACUAAAAAAGAACACCGAAAUUUUCUAAAAGACCUAGCCAAACACCCAUUGUCUACUCAUUCUAAUUCAGGGAACAAGUCUCCCAUCAUAAUUCGACUGGGAAAGCCAUCGUUGUCCGACCCUCCUUCUAUCGAUGAGACCAGCGAUCUUGGCACUAUGAGUUCUGGUGCAUCGGUCCCACUUUCCCAGCCAAAGAAAGGUAGUGUUUCAUUAUCGGAAGUACCUCUGGGUGCAGUGGUGGGUGCAGGGGCGUCCUUAGGUGCCGAGGUGAGCUCCAUCACUUCUGACUACUCCACGAACUCCUCAAUCACGUUCCUGACCGGAGCAGAAUCCAGUGUUCUGAGUCCCGAGCUACAAGGCGGAGAAGAGGCUGAUGAUGAGAGAAGCGAGCUGAUAAGUGAAGGACGGCCAAUGGAGACGGAUAGCGAAAGUGAAUUUCCUGUUUUUGCCCCCACAGGGGGUAAUAGCCAGUCCACACCAUGCCCGGGAAAAAGCCAGGCAACUGAGCAAGGAAAACCGGAAGCGAAAGUAGAAGGAAAUUGUGGACAAAGAAUGGAAUCUCGUCGCCUCUUUCCAUCACACAAACUGAUUGAUGGUGAUACAUUAUCCAGAAGGUGGUCUUUGAGGAACAAGACGGACAGUGAAUCGUCUGUAGAGGGCGUUGUAGCGAGUGGAGAGCGUAGUGGUGAAGGGAGAUCAGAAUCAUCAACGCGCUUGUCCCGAGUAUUAGAGGUGAUGAGGAAAGGUAGGUCCACAAGCAGUCUCAGCUCAUCUUCUAGAAGUGAAUCUGAGCGCUCUGAACCGGCUUGGCAUCUCAAGAUCACAGAACGCCUCAAGUUCAGACUGCGUACCUCUGCAGAUGACAUGUUUAGCAUCCAGAAGAACCCAGAGACUCGCAGUAGUAAGAAAAAGAACAUUCGCAGAAGGCAUACAAUGGGGGGUCAGAGGGACUUUGCAGAACUAGCGGUCAUCAACGACUGGAGGGAACAAGGCGGGAUGGACCAAGCAGCGGACAUCUCCACUUUGGAAAACUUUAAGCCUCGGUUCUCCUCUCAAGACUUUGCCAUUAAGGACUGGACACCAAAGGAGCGCAGUGAAGGAGCUAAGUCUAAUCCACAGCUGGCUCCUAAAGCUAUGCCUGAGGACGAGUGUCUGGACUCUGAGCAGCCAGCACCCCCUGCAGCCUCCUCCAGUGCACCGCAGUCAGCAGGAAUGAACGGGAGCGGGGUGCAGAGUAAGGCAGUUCUGGGAGCAGACGCACACCCUCACAAACUGUCAGGGGCACAGGUGGUCCGAUCACGCUUCUAUCAGUAUCUGUGAAAGGACAACAUGGACGCUGUCGUGUCAUCUGUAUGGACGUUUAUUAUUGCACAAUAUUUUUUUACUUCAUGUAUCUAUGUACAUAUGUGUAUAGGUCUGCAUAAUGUAAACAUGUUUAUGUUUGUAAUUAGUUGGCAGUUUGAAUGGGACAUGAAAAAUAUUUCUUCCUCCUGCAAGAAAAGCAAGAAUGUGUGACGUGAUGGAAGUUACAGUGGCUUUGAAGUGCAAGUCGGGGUUUGUACCAAAUCCUAAUUUUUGAUCAUUUUUAUUAAAAAUAUCACAAGAUUAUUGUAGAAAUGUGUUCAACAGUGUGUUGACAAGUUUACAAAUAGUACGAGUCAACUUUCCCAGUGGCAAAUUAAAUGUAAUAAAAAAAUAAUGUAAAGUAAUCUAAUGUUCGUUUAAAAGCACUUAUUAGCUAUAUCCAAAUUUGGAUUAGCACCACUCUAUUUACAUCUCUGCUGGUUAGUUUCUCACCUCUGUUUUGGUGCUGGUUGAUAUUGGAUAAAUAAGGUGCAGAGAAUUUCUUUUAGAUAAAAAUGCUAAAUAGUUCUGUUGAUGCACUUCUCAGCCACUCCAAAUGAAUGUCGUUUUGCACCAAAGGGUGACAGGGAUAUUAGACUAUUAUAUAAGGAGGCCUUUUCAACAGAAUCCUGGUUCAGUUCUUCCUGUCCUAAACGAUAUGGAGAAUGUAUUUGUGUGAGGACUAACACAUUUGAUGAAGAGUCAUUAUUAGAUCCAUGUUUAUAUGAUGGCUGUAUAAGUGGAUAUAGUGGGGCUGCUUUCUGAGCUGAGUGCUGUGGGACUCAGGUUUCACUGUACUGUCACAACAGCCAGACUUUAGCUGGAGGAGUGCUUUUAUCAAAGACUGAAAUGCUGAUACUAGACUAUGGAAUGCUUGGUACAGUAGGUAUUUUGUUAAGUUUUAGUCAUACAGUACUUUUUUACAUAUAUGGUUUUUAUUUUAUCUCAAAAAUGAAAGUGCCUCUUUUGUUUUUGUGUUUUUAACAGUUUGUACAAACAGUUGUCAAGAUAAGGAUUUUACACACAUUUGGAAAUCAACAAAUUAAUUCAGGCAUUCCAGUAAUUUUAUGUGGAGUUAGUUUUCCCUGUUUUCUAUCCAAAUAUUGGUGCAUCCGACCAUGUAUGUUUACCUUCCCGUCUGUACUCUUCUAAUGCAGCACAAUGCAUGGCCGAUCAGAAAUGGGAGCGAAAGUGACAAAACUACAAGGUUUCUCAAAAGUCAGAUAUCCAGCCUCUGUAGAGCAUUACAUGGGCAAAGCCUUUCCUCAAGACACUGGAAAUAAAUAUUCUUUAUACAUUGUGUGUUGUGUGGCUCAUUGUAUUUAUAGGUAUUAAUAAAUAUGCAGCCUACUAUUGUCUGCCAGUAAAGAACUGUAUCUAGCCUGUACUCUUGCAGUUUUAAAAAGGUACUACAAUCACAACUGAACCUGGGCUGCCAGUGCCUUAAGCUGCAAAAAAUAAAAGUUUUUUUCUCAUUCUCAAUAUAUGGACAGGUCAUGCCUCAUGUGUAAGCUCAGAACUUUACUCAUCCCUUUAGGUUUAAACUAACUGGCAACCCCAUAAAAGAGACCCGUGUGAGGCUCAUUGAAUUGUCUUAUUGGAUAAUUGUCAAUUGACCAAAUUAACAAUACAAAACGUAGCCAUCAUGUCCAAUGUUUUGUAAUACAAAUAAAUCAGCAUGAUAAUUGUUAGCAAAGUUGAAUUUGAAUGUUUCUACAUCAUAUCUGGGAACACAGGUCAUGUUUAUGAAAUUUAAAAUCUAAAUCUUGCAUAUGAUUCCUUAAACCUGUGUGUUGUUUAACACUUAAAGGGGCAUUAUGUAAUUUUUCAGGUGGUGAUCCACCAGCUACCUGCUUGUCUCCCUGAAGAUAUUAUUGCUUUGUCUGGAAUGUUACACGAUGUAGCGCUCAAAUUAUCAUUCUUGCAUUUAUUCAAUAAAUACAAUGCCCAAAAAGGAAAAUUCUUUUCUGUUGAACCUGGUCAUUUCUAUCAUCUCACUGUAGUACAACAAAAAUCUGAAUUUAACAAUAUUCAUUCCUCCCCCAUCUUAAUUAAAUAUUAUCAGCCUAUAGAAUGGUGUGAUUUCAUAUGAAACCCAGCAAUAGGAUAGAUGAAAAAUGAAAGAUAUAAUAAAUUUUUCAUUUAUCUUUACUUAUACAGGGAGAACCUAAUGAGAGUACCAGACUCCUUUUCCUAAGCACCCUGUUACAAUACAAUACAAACAAUAACAAAUUAAACAAAUAACUGCAUAGGCCCAUUUAAAACAUUAAAAACAGGUGCAGGUAUGAUUGUAAAUGUUUAUCACCAGAUUAGUGGCACCAAUGGUUUCCCCCAUCAACCAAAACAUGAACGUCCUUCGAGACAACUGUUGUUGUGAUUUUGACCGUUACAAAAAUAAAACAAAUUGAAUUGAUUAAAGUCUACAAGUGACAAAAGCUUUAUGUUGACGAUAUGAGAUGAUCUGAAUGUUUGUGUUUCUUGCAUCAGAUAUGAUUUAGUUUUUCUGUUUUUGAGUCUAUCCUUUGAAAAAAACUGAUUUUGUGCUUUAAUUAAUGUUUUGUCCUUCAAAUUAAAAUAAAAUUCAGAUGUUACGUCUGAUACUCUUACUUGAGUAGUAGUUUUCCAAUAUACUUUUUUUCUCUUACUUGAGUAAUUGAGUGAUUUCCUGGACUACUACUUUGUACUUCUACUUGAGUAAUAUUAUAUAGAAGAAACAUUACUCUGACUGGAGUACAAUGUUUGGCUACUUUAGCACCCCUGCUGGACUUUGGCCUUGUUUUGAAUAGACAUAGUUCUGGAAAAGCUGUUGUUUUUGUUCUUGUUCAUGGUAAAAUAAAGAGUUUUUCAGUCGUAGUGAAAUGAGGGAACAAAACAUUUACUUCAGGCUUUUGGAACUACUUUCGAACACUAACCCUGGGUAUUUGACAGUUAUUUGUUGGCUUAAAAUAUAAAACUUUAAAAUUCAAUAUGUGAGUGAUGUUUAUUGAUUAUUCUUUGUGAAUUUGUUUAUUUUAAGUAAAGUAACAGUGUUGGGUGAAGUAUUUCAGUCUCACAGUAUUUGGAGUUGUAAUAUUAAAUUGUGUGGUUGAAGUAGUUGUUGUAGCAUUAAUAGUGCAUUAGAUAAAAUAAAACACAUUUAUUUGCAAUACAUUUUUAUUUAUUUAUUUUGCAUUAAGUUGAAAGUCUCAUGAACGAGUGGAGACUUAGUAAUUGGUCUGGAAGGAUCUUCAGUGGGUCCAGCCAUUCUGGGCUGCUUUCCUGAACGUUCUACUUUUUUUGUAAUGGUUUUGCUUGUAGAACGUCUCCUGGACCAUUCCUGUCCUCUCCGGGUGGUUCUUCUGGAAGUUCCUUUUGUCAUAUUGCCCUCUCCUGGCCCUCCACUUGCUACUUCUCCUGGGACCUCGGACAGUGUGUCCAGUAGUUUCCUGGAACCUCACGCUCCUGUCUUGGAGGGGGUCCUGAAGUUGGACUUCGAUGACCAAAUCUCUGGGCUGAGCAGGUCUCUGUGGAGGCUGAGGCUGUCUCUGAGGCUGAGGCGGUCUCUGAGGCUGAGGCGGUCUCUGAGGCUGAGGCUGAAUCUGUUGAGGCUGAGCAGGUCUAUGUCUCUGCUGAGGCUGAG